AGCAUGUAAAAUUACACUUGUAUUAAAAUAAUUGUUUCUCACAUCAUCUUUCACUAUUAUCAACUUAACCAUCGGCAAUGCAGCUGAUCCCAAUGACCCAUGUUGUGUCAAGAAAGGAUAAAAGGUAGUAAAUCACUCCAAAAUGUCCUUGCGUCCUCGUGUUUUAGGCGAAUUAGUCAUUAACAAAAAGGAAAGCAGAAUGAGGUUGUUGGUCGUAUUGGGAUUUGUUGCCAUCGCUAGCGGCUAUAGGCUCGAGAGAAGUGGGGCCCCGGUUGUUCUUUCCGCCGAGCAGAUAGCACUUUGUGGCUCUAUUGACACACAGGGAUAUCUUCCCGGGGAGGACGCAGAGGGAGGCGACUGCUGCUCGUUCAUCGUAUGCAAUGCAGCCAAUCUAAACAAAACAGGUUACCUAGGUAAAUGUAUGGGAGGGACCGUUUGGAAUAAUGAGCAGUUGACAUGUGAUGACCCUAAGCAAGUCGCCGGAUGUGACCCAACUACUUGUACAGUUCCAAUGAGAACCACGGCGUUAUGCCCGGACGAUCUAGAAUCAGGGCAAUGUUGUAUUGGUGGACGUGAGCCAAUUUACACCCAGCUAUCAGAUUCAACCUACACACUCGGAGACGGAGAACACUCGUGUCCAGGUGGCCAACUCUUUAACGUCGAAGACUGCUGUUGCGAAGCUGAAUUUGCCGCAGUUCCUCCAUGCGAUGAUCUAGAUUCAUUAUACUUCACGCUCCCAGAUACAGAUCCAUCCGGUCUACCAAAUGAUAUCAUGGAUAAAUGCUGUGCGUUUGCACAAUGCUGGUCAAACAGGACUGGGUAUGACCUUGUACCAUGCAUGCCCCCUAGCGUAUGGAACGCGGAAGCUAAAGCUUGUGAUAUACGUGCUAAUGUUAUGGAGUGUAUGGACAUCAACUGCGGAAUUGAAAUGACUGACCCACCAUGUCCUGGUCCUGAAGAACUUGAAGAAGGUCAGUGUUGUAUGGCCGGCCAGGUAUACUCUACUUUUGAGGAUAAGACAAUGUACAUGAGAGAACCAGGGCCUCUGGCUUUAGGAUUACUCAAAAUCCAAUGUUGUCCAGAAGUUGAUGGUGUUCAGAUGGUUUUC